AUGGAUACGAAAUCAACAGUUAAUUUGUCGCCUCUGUUAUUUCUAGUACCCGAAUACGACAUAGCGUUCCCAAAGCAUGUUGAUAAAAGAGGACAACAAAUUUCAAGUUAUAAUGCGAAACGUGAGAUCGAAGAAACAGGUUUAAAAUACUAUCAUCUCACUGCAUUCAACAAGAAUCUUCAUUUGAAGGUGUCAUUAAAUAAGCAUCUGCUUGGUCCGGGUUUUCACGUUGAAACGAGACAUAAGGAUGGUUCGAGAACGAUAACUGACGCACCACAUCGUAAUUUUUAUCACGGCCAUGUUGUUGAUCAUCCCGGAUCUUUUGUUGCGUUAAGUGAUAACAGUGGAGUGGUAAGAUAUGCACGUAAUUAGUAUUCAAUUAAUUUCAUACUGUAGUAUUGCAUGGCAUUUACCAAUGAUAAAAUCAUGGAAGGGUUUAUCUCUCUAACUACGUUUUCAUUUUCCUUUUACAGAGUGGUGCAAUUCGCCUCGUGGAUGAUGAGAUAUUGUACAUGGAACCUGUACCACGUCAUUUGCUUGAUCAUAUUCACCACGAUGAACAUCUUCCACAUUUAGUUGUAAAGAAAACUGAAAAAGAUUUCCAGAGAGGAAACAAAGUUAUGUUUGACACUGAAG